ACACGAUGCACACAACAAUACGGAGCAUGAUCAAGGAAGUUUUGAUUUUGGUGGUCGUCAUUUCCGGAGUAUUGGGUAUUCCCCCACCUAGACCAGAAGAAUACGACUUCCUCAACCAAGACUACGAUCUACCAUCGCCUAUCCAGAAGCGAGCAUCUUUCAAAGAAAGAUACGUACUUCACAAUGGAGCCGUGGUCAGGACCCGUCCAGGCAGUGCCUAUGUCUUGGUGUCUGCUACCCACGGCUGUUCAGAUAACGCUUUGGAGAAGGCAGCUCAUGGAAUAAGUUUGAUGGUUCGCCACAUGCCAACUGAAGUUUUUAAUGGAGUCAGCAGAUCACAUGGACUUGGUAUCUUCACCAAAGCAGAGACCAUGGCAGCCUACCCCGAGAAUUACCACCUUGCCGAUACUGCACAAUGUAAAGGUAAAUGCUCUGGAAGCUGUGCACACACCUGUACCUUUGAUGGUAGAAAAUUCUCUUCCAUCGCUGGAUUGACCAACUCUAGAGCUGUCGUCCUGGACGACGUCGUCUUAUGUGAUAGUCGCGAUCCCUAUCAUCACCAAGACAACAUCCUCGUCCACGAGUUCGGCCAUCUUGUUAUGGGAUACAUGCCUUCACAGUGGAGAAAUAAGAUCAAUGCUGCCUAUACUCACGAAAAAUACGCCAGACUCUGGAAACCCAAUGUGUACGCUACAGCCAAUUCCGCCGAAUACUGGGCUGAAGCUACGGAGGCUUUCUUCUUUGCUACCACAAGAACUGACGUGACUGGAGGAACAAACAUGUGCGGAACGUCUCACGUCUGUUCCAACGAAGCUCAAACUCGAGCCUAUUUGAAGCAUCACGAUCCCCAGCUUUUCGAGGUCCUGAGCUACGCCUACACCAACAGCCAUCCUGAAAUAGCCGGCAAUAUUGGUGUUUGUAUCUAAAUCAAUAUUUGAAUAAACAAAUACAGGACUUUA